GAGAAUGUAUAAUAUAAAAGAAUCUAGUAUAGGAGGCAAUGUUUUGCGAAAUUCUUGGAUUUAAUCGACUAGGCCGGGCAUGAGUGGCCAUUUGAAUGGUCGCUCAUAAUCCCUGACAUGCUCCGUACACCAGGUGGCAUUAGUAACAGGUGCUAAGGUGUUAGAACAGGGUGGGGGACGUCUCUUCCCCUCAAAGAGAGGCUGGUCACCUGCCUAGUACUGUGGGGACGUGAUCGAGAAUGCAUCGUGUACCGACACUAGCAGGGCCGUCGUCAACUUCUUUCGACGUGAUUUUGAUCGAUAGCGAACAUGCAGGGCUGUAUUGCAUGGAUACUGUGCAUUGUGCGGGGCGGCGAUGUGGCGGCCAGUGGCAUUAACCUAGCCACAGUGAUGGUCCCUGGGACAGCCCGUUCUGCCACCGGAUUAGUGCCACGCCACCAUGUACGCCGGCUUCAUCCCGUAUCUUUCAAACUUUCACACGGGGUUUUGAUGUGCAGGUACCCAGCCGACAAAAGUAGAGCAAGCAAAAAAUUAAUCUACCAGAGAUUUCACGACUAAAC